UUGUUCAUUACCGAAACGAAGACAGUGCUUCAGUUCUUCCUCGGCAGCAAAAAGAACCAAGAAGAAUAUAAAAAUUACCAGAGUAUAGCAAUUCUUUUGCCUUCAUUUUGAAUUUCUCACACCCAGUAAUGUUAAAAGUUAACAACUUUCUUUCCUCAACAAAGAAAUUACUUCCACAUCCCCAAAUUGGGCAUCAACAAUGGAGAAGAAUAGUUAAGGUGAGGCUGAAAUGGGUGAAGAACCGGAGCCUUGAUCAUGUCAUCGACACUGAGACCGAUCUCAAAGCGGCUUGCCUCUUAAAGGAUGCCAUCAAGCGGUCGUCCACCGGUUUUCUUACAGCCAAGUCUUUUGCAGAUUGGCAAAAACUCCUUGGCCUCACUGUCCCCGUUCUUCGCUUUCUGCGCAGGUACCCUACCCUUUUUGAAGAAUUUCCACAUGCCCGUUAUGCUAAUUUGCCUUGUUUUCGACUAACGGGCACUGCACUCUUGUUAGAUUCACAAGAGCAAAGCAUACACGAGGCACAUGAGAGUGAUACUAUAGAGAGGCUUUGUAGGUUGCUUAUGAUGAUGAAAAGUAGGACUGCACCUCUUCAGUCCCUGCAUCCUUUGAAAUGGGAUCUUGGUUUGCCAGAUAACUUUGAGAAAGUGUUGAUUCCAAAAUUUCCAGAUCAGUUUAGAUUUGUUAAGGCACCAAUUGGAGUUGCAGCUGUACGACUUGUGCAAUGGCGCGAGGAAUUUGCCGUUUCAGCAUUGAAAGGUAAUGAAGGUGGUGAGAUGGGUGAUGAGUACAGGCAAUUUAAGAGGGGCCAAACCGCAUUGGCAUUUCCAAUGAAUUUCCCAAGGGGUUAUGGUGCUCAGAAGAAGGUGAGAGCUUGGAUGGAGGAGUUUCAGAAGCUUCCCUACAUAUCUCCGUAUGAAGAUUCUCGGCAUAUUGAUCCAAGUAGUGAGCUUAUGGAGAAAAGGGCUGUUGGUGUAUUGCAUGAGUUUUUGAGCUUGACAAUUCACAAGAAGACCAAGAGGAACUACUUGAGAAGCUUGAGAGAGGAACUGAACAUCCCACAUAAGUUUACUCGAUUAUUUACUAGAUAUCCAGGGAUUUUCUACCUUUCCUUGAAGUGUAAAACAACAACUGUGGCUCUCAAGGAAGGAUACAGGCGAGGAAAGCUAGUAAACCCUCAUCCUCUUGUUCGUCUAAGAGAGAAGUUUUAUCAUGUAAUGAGGACAGGGCUUCUUUAUCGUGGUAAAGGUGUGAAUCUGAUACCUCGGGAAGACAUUUUGCUCAAUGACUUGGAGAAUAAAGUGGAAGACGGAGAAGAAGAAGAAGAAGAAGAAGAGACAGAGGAAGUGGAGAUUGGAUCAGGUGAUGAAUUCUAUGAGGGAACAUCAGAUGUAGAAGAUGAAUGAGGUGAAGAGUAAUGAUUACCUGACAGAAUUAUCCCUGUUGCAGCUACAUUAAAAGGGAAAUAUGAUCAAAAGUUGAGACAUUUGCUGUUAAUUAGGACGCACCAAACGUGGAUUCAUCUCUUACAUUAGUAUGGGAGCAAGGGAUCACGUUUUGAUGAUAUAAGUUUAUCAUAGCAUGUUUGACUUGUCUUCGGGCUGAUGUCAGUUGACACGUUCAGAUUUAGAAAAUUUUCCAAAUCUUUCGACACUAGCUUGACUUAAAAUUAAGUCCUUUUUAAGGAUCAGUGGCCCUUUUUCUUUGAUUGAUUGGGUCAAUUUUUUAGUAUAUGCUUGUUUUGCUUUCAUGUUAAAGAAGUUAGAAAUGAACAAUUCUGCACGGAGUUCCACAUUAAUGCCAUGUUGCAAGAGUUCAAGGUUUAGAACUAAGCACCGUCAGAGUUAUGUAUCUAUAGGACCCGUUCGACAUAAGAAUGCUGUGCAAUAGUAAGCAUUAAAGUCCAGUUCAUGCUGGUGUAGGAUUUUGGCAUUGUCAAUCUUUCAUGCCAAUCUUUGUAUCAUUCAUUGUCGUUGUCAACUGAAUGCAGAUUCUAUUUGUUAUGAUUUGAUAGUAUAAUUGCGCUAAACCUGCUCAGGACUACAGGAAAGCAACCUGCUUA